UCAAUAAUUAACGGGUGGCGUCCUCAGUCAAUGGACAAUAUGUUCGUAGCAAUGAUUGUGGCCUUGCUUGCGUGAUAUAAUUAUACCAAACGAAUUUAUAACCUACAUGUUGUUCGCGGUCGAGUCAAACUAUCUGUCAUUGACGGCACACUCUGCCAUCGACGUCACUCGUAAUACGGUGUGUGGUAUGUAAGGCAGAUAUCAGUGUAGCGAUAUGAUACAUUUGAUUAUCCUCAUUGUGAAACGAAUACCCAGCACACUUAUAAAUAAUUAUCUACUGAUUAGCUCGGAUCUAUACAUGACCGCUUUGACAGCGUUUUUAACUUCCGCCUCAUUCGUAAAUCUCAUUUUGAACGUAAUUGAACUGUUAACCUAUCUGCAUCAGACGUGUUGAAACUGAAAUGGACUUACAGGUUCUCUGUGUAUUGGUUGCAGUGGCCUAUGUCGAUGUUAGUGACUGGACUACACUUGAAUGGAUCGUUUUGGACUGCAGACUAUGCAUCUCGGAUUGCGACUACGGGUUCUCUGUGUAUGGGUUGCAGUGGCCUAUGUCGAUGUUAGUGCUCGUAUCACGUGUUAUUUUCAACCGACGAGUUGGACGUCUGCAAUGCAACAUUGUCUCAAUAUACGGGGCACUCCAGUAAGUAUCAGCUCCAUCUUGUUUCAGACUGGACUACACUUGAAUGGAUCGUUUUGGACUGCAGACUAUGCAUCUCGGAUUGCGACUACGGAAUAUCCUGUCGAGUGUGAAUACCGAACGUAUAACAUAUUAAUUCCGAUCAGUCCGCCAAAGUUUGGAAGCUGUGAAGUAAUAAGGGAUUUUAUUUGUCGCGACAACAACAUGAUAACAUAUAUAGCAUCGUGUUUAAAGAAAGCGACAUGGAAAGCAGCAUCUAGAUGUAACAAAACCUCCUUCGCAAUAUCGCCACUUAUGCCUUUUGGUGAUUACUGGCCUAGAGGUGCAUUUCGCUACCAGAAUUACACAUUUACAGAUGACAGUCGGAAACACCUUGACCGUUGUGGGAUGGUGGAUGGACAGAAUUUCACCGGAAAUGAUCUUUCAGUGUGCGGAUCAGAUUUACCAACAACGUUUGUUUCACACAAAAUAGCAUCAUUAACAGAAACGAUCAUGUCAAUCAGCGAGAAUACAGCGACAGAAAAUAUAGUUCGUAACCACGAUUCCACUUCAUCAGGAACAAAAGUGAAACACCACACAGAACCUUCAACAGCAACCAUGAUGUCAAUCAAAGAGGAUACAUCGACUGAAUUUGUAGUUCGUUUACCUGAUUCAAGUUCAUCAAGUUCCGCUCUUGGCAUCGGUUUUUGUGUUAGCACAAGCAUCGUGGUCAUCGUUUUAAUUACCAUCGUUGGCGUUUGCAUUUAUAAAAGAAGAUAUAGGCGUAAACUCGAUAAUUCGCAAGUGUCCGUUUACAUGAACGCAUUGUAUGACGUCAAUUGCCGAAAUGAGACGCCUAGAAAACCUGCGCACAAAAAUGAAAGUUAUUAGUACGCAGUUCCAAGUCGGCUGCGGAAAAACGACAUUACGGCACACGGAGUUAAGGGUUAUGAACAUGAAUUUGCUGACCUUAAUGCUUAGAGUAGAGUAAUACCAAACACAUAAAGGAACGCCAAUAAGGUGGAUUUGCAGUCAAGAAAAGCAAAUUACACCGGCUUUGCUGGUGAUUCCACGGUAAUAAAGCUAAAAACGCGGUUGUAAUGAGUAACGAAUAUGAUUUCUCUGACACAAUCAACAUGAACGUGUAAAGUCAUUUUGGUAAGCAUGACCACGAUGACACAAACGACGUCGCUUUGUGUACUCUAAAAAACAGCCGACGCAAGAAGGAGUAAAUGAUUAUUCUCAACCUAACAACAAACACCGGCACUUUCUCAAUUAAAAUGGCAGUCAUUUCUGUAUUUGGUAAUUUGUUUAUGCGAAAAGAGAAUAUAAAUUUGAUGCUGUUAAUGUAGUUGCAUCGAUUAAUCAAUUAAAAUGAUUACUACAUGUAUUAUUAAUAAUGUGUUAUAAGGGAAAUAUAACGCAACCAAAUAAGUAUAAUGAGAUGUUUGAGUUAAAUUGUUGUUUUCUAGAUUCAUCAGUUAAUUAAGAUCUAUCAGCUGCAAUAUAUUUUCUAUAACACAUGAAUUGAUAUACCGUAACCUUAUGACUCAAAUUAUAUGAAAUGUCUGAUGCAUUUAUGUAAGCCUAAAUGUCGCAAUUAAUAUAUUAUCAUUUACCUGCAAAAUGUGUAUGAUUCAUUAACUUUUGAAUUUAUUAAAACAAUACAGUGUGUUUCGUUACGUUUGUUUUUUUAACAAUUUGAGAAAUGUUUGCUAUGACCAAAUGUUAUUGUGUUUUUUUAAACGAGUUCAAUGUUAUAAAGCUAUGAAUUAAAUGAAUCUAUAUACACUCAACUUAUGUAGCAAUUUUGGUUUUAUUAAUAAAAGCAAUGUUGUUUAGGAGUGCAGUCAGACAUCACAUACAUUAUGUAAAUUGAUAUCGUAUUUCAGAUUAUUUAACAUGCAACAAACCGCAUCGUGCUUAAAACAUGUAUAAAAGUAGAUGUGUACCAAUAAUAAAGAAAAUAGUGCAUUCAGAUCCGGUCUGCAAAUUAAUUUAAAAAGCAUAGGUCAUUCAGCCUCAGCAAAGUCAUAGGCCCGAAUAAUUGUCAUGGGCCCAAACUUUAUAAAAUUAAGGAAACCUUUUGCUUUUUUUAUUCUUGAGAAAAGAUGGCAACUAAUUAAAAACAAGAUCACCAGCAAUAUUGAUAUCAAUGUCAUCUGAAUCCUUGAUCCAAACCUGAAAUUAACAUAUAAAAUAUACGAGUAAUAUGUGCUACUUUUGUGAAUGCUUGUAAAAAUUACCAAGAACUGUAAAAUGAGUAAAAACAUAAAUGCAGGGUUCUUUGUCAUACCAUAUUAAUUCAUUAAAAUCUAAUUUAAAUGUACACUGAGAUCAUUUUUAUUGAACCAUAAUCAAAACUGAAAUAAGUGUAAUUAGGGAUCAGUUGACGAUUUCAAGAACAAGAUAUGUCUCGAUGUCUUAUAAUCAUGCUCACACUGGGAGCUCGAUUGGUAAUUGUCGGUUCAAGUACUACUUAAGGUACCCUGAGUGCUCUUAAAUAUUCUUCAACGUACACCACGGUGCCUAUACCACGUGACUUUUUAAGAUCUGUGUGGGGAGUAAAAUAUCAACAAAAGCGCGACGAAGGUAAGAUUUUUAAGGAUAACUUUUUUAAUAUGUCACCAUUUUUAAUGGGAUAAAGUGGAGAGCCAGCUCAUUCAUUAGAGUUUUCUAUAGGUAUCAUGAUUUUAAAAAACAAAUAAGUAUUUUUUCAGGAAAGUAUAACCGCGCGUUUGAACGGUUAGAAAAGGGUAGGAUCAGUGUGGGGACAUUUUAUUUUUUUACACAAAAACAUCACCUCUGGUGAAAUUAAGAAAUAAAUUUUAUGGGCGGAGCUUACACUAUAGCAUUUUGCAUCCAUUUUCAGGUUUCUGUUAUUUAUUUACGAAACAAAAUUCAAGAAAACUAUUCUUACAGUAAUAUGAUCUGUGUGGUAUACGUUUUUCAACGGAUCUGUGUGGUAAACUGUUUUUAAGUUUUUCAGUUCUAUUUAGUUGUUUAAAAAAAUGCUUGUCAACAAUGUAUUUGAAACGGGAUUUUUAAAUGCGCUAUCAUGUAAAACACAUAAUGGCUAUACACUACGCUUGCACCGCUUGUUGAACUAAUACAUAAUUAUGAUUUACAGGCAUUCUGUACAAUACCCAUUAUAAUAUUAAAAUCUUACGCUGGAGCAUCUUAAAUCGAUGACAAUUCCAUGCUUACCUUCAUUAAGUGUACACUUUAUGCUAUAGUAUCAAAUUCCAUUUUUAUUUUGGCGCCAAACACUACUGUCAGGUGAAGUAAUGUAUCGUAUAUUAUUUUUGAUAUUAUAUUUGCUUUAAGGUAUGGCUCAAUGCUCCGAAUGCGGAAAAAUGUCGAAGACCAGAGCUGGAUUAUUGCGCCACAUUAGGGGACACGCUAACUCUGGAAACUAUAAAUGCUGUGGGAAAAAAUUUCAGGAUGCCUACAAUCUUAGAAGGCUUCAACGAACAAAGGACCCCAAUGUCACGUGUGUGUACAGUGCGGCAGGAGCUUUGCGGACAAGUACCUACUCGUGGCUAGAGAGAAAAGUGCAAAAAAAGAGGGAUUGGUGAAAUGUUACCAGUGUGGGUUGGCAGUUAGGAGUGAGAAUGACCUCAGAGAGCACGUCAAUAACCACAUGCAUGACAAGUGUUACAGUAGUGAGGAGUGUCAAAACGUACAAACGCAAAACAAACCUUUCUCGAUACGUGAGGACUUCACAUAAAUCCGUGAAAACUGAUUAAAAAUCAUAAUGGUUUACAGUUUGUCUGUGUAACUUCAUUAUCGUUUUACGUUAUUUUAUUCGUUGUUUUACUUGUACUUUACUUUUCAAAAUGAUUCUAAAGUUAUCCGAAUUUGAUUAAUUUUUAGGUUUCGUUUAGUUCGUUUGUGUAUUUGAAAUCAUUCUCAAAUAAUUGUGCAAUAAUUUGGAUUUACGUUAUUCAUUAAUAUAUCGCAUCUGUGAUUUGAUAUAUCGAAUCUGUGAUUCUUUUUUAAUUAUAACUUGAUUAAAGUUUUGCGAUGUU